AGGCGACCAGAGGCUUGUGCCCCUCCCUCUCCCGGGAGGCCGGGACAAGAGGCAACGGGACACCCGCAAGGCCGCAAGAAGAAACAGCGCAGCAACAAAUACGCUGAAGAGUGGAAAGCGAGAGCCGACACGACCUCGCCCGACCUGCGCUGGUCGACUGUGAGUUUUUCCCCCCUGUCGCCUCCCCUGCUGGGCCGUGGGCCGCGGCCUCGGCGCAUGGCGUCGUCACGGGUGAUGGCGUCGUCGUCUCCGCCGCAGCACGCCGGGGCGGGCUCGUCCUCGGACCUCGCGCGAUUCAAGAGUAGCGGCGUCGGAUCGAUGAACAUGGACGACAUCAUCCGUAACAUCUACGGCCCCGAGGCCGUCAACGCCGCCGCCGCCGAAAGCGCCGGCCUCGGCCCGGCGGAGCCCUCCCUGGCGGCCCCGGAGGCUGCGGCCCGGCGGACGUCGGAGGAGGUGUGGAAGGAGAUCUCCGCCGCUGGAGGGCUCCCCGCGCCCGUCCUCCAUAUCCCUCCCGCCGCCAGCUCCGGCGCCGGGGCCAGAGGCGGCGGCGGCGCCGCGGAGAUGACGCUGGAGGAUUUCCUUGCCAGGGAUUCCUGCGGCAGGGCGGCGGUGAUGGAGGGGAACAUGGCGCUGGGGUUCCCUGACGGUGACGGAGAUGCGGCAGGGAGCGUGGCGGGGGGAGUGGGCGGCGUGAGGGGAGGCGGGAAGCGGGCGCUUCUGGAUCCCGCGGACCGCGCCGUGAUGCAGCGGCAGAAGCGCAUGAUCAAGAACCGAGAGUCCGCAGCGAGGUCCAGGGACAGGAAACAGGCAUACGUCGCGGAGCUGGAAUCGCAGGUUAUGCAGCUCGAGGAGGAGCAGACAGAACUGUUAAGGGAGCAGGAGGACCGACGCCAAAAGAGACUUAAGGAGCUAACCGAAAGGGCAGUUCCAGUCAUCAGGAAAAAAUCACCACAAGAUCUUAGAAGAACCAACUCCAUGGAAUGGUAGAAAUGACCCUGAGCCCUGAUGUUCUUCUCUUAGAAGUUACAGGGUUUGUUUUUCUUUGACUUCUGUUUCUUCUAGUUUUCUUUGAUAGCUAUUUAGGAAUAGUGGAACGUGCGUGAUCAAGAAGUCACGCCAUUUAGAAUUGAUCUGUUGUCAGAUUGACGGUUUUCUUGUGAAUGUGGCCGGGUGUUGUAUAAAUAAGAACAAUAAGGUUAGCUUGAAGAGUGGACCAAAAUAUCCUAAUUACAGGCAUCUAUUUUGACA